AUCGCAGGCUCCAGGGCUGAGCCGGAGGAGGGAAAGGCUGGAAGGAAGAGAGACAGCUUAGAGGGAAAGAGGCUUGGGAAGGAAACAGCAGGGAAGAAACUGCUCAUCACACCUGCAGAGAGUCAAAGGACCGUGGGAAUGAGGACGGAGAGAGACAAGACUGUGGAAGCCAAAAAAUACAAAUAGAGCGAGAGAGGAAGAAGAAGAAAAAAAAUGCCCAGAACAUUCAUCCGGAGAAAUGAAGAGAAUGAAAGUUUUAUGCUGCAGAGCCGUUAUAUGCUUUUCCGGCACAACAUUCUCUCCCUGCUUUUAAGCCCUUUGGCAUUUGCCCGCCGUUGACAUUAAGAGGCAUGUUCAGCGGUGCCGGCAGCAUCUCCUCUUCCUUCUCCUCUUCCUCUUCAUCCUCCUCCUCCUCCUCCUCCUCCUUUCCCUCCUCCUUCGCCUCCCAUCAGCAGGAAGACAAACCGAGGACAGUCUUGAAAUAUCGAAAUUUCCUCCUUGGGAUUUGCCAGCGUCGCGUUGCGCCAAGACUGUCGGAAUAAAGGACGCUGACUAUUGUAUUAUUAUUUUAUUAAUUGGUCAGUGGGAAGAUUACAGAUGAGGAAAGGGGACGCCUGCCACUCUUCCUGCACUAAGAUUGAAAAAUGAGGCUGACCUGGGGGAAGCCCUAAAAUGAAGCAAAAAGAAUAAGAUUUUUAAGGACAGAAAGCCACAGGAUCCCCCCCACGUAGAACACUUCUAUUUGUAUUUAAUUUUUUUUUUCUCGUGCCGGUGGGGGAGGUGACUGGCGGGCUGCGGGAAGCUGCUUCCUUCCCCGUUGGAGAUGAUUGUGCUAUUAUUUUUUGCCUUGGUCUGGAUGGUGGAAGGGGUGUUUUCCCAGCUUCACUACACGGUGCAGGAGGAGCAGGAGCAUGGCACUUUCGUGGGUAACAUCGCGGAAGAUCUGGGCCUGGACAUUACAAAACUUUCGGCUCGCAGGUUUCAGACGGUGCCCAACUCUCGGACCCCAUACUUGGACCUCAACCUGGAGACCGGGGUGCUGUACGUGAACGAGAAGAUCGACCGGGAGCAAAUCUGCAAGCAGAGCCCCUCCUGCGUCCUGCACCUGGAGGUGUUCCUGGAGAACCCCUUGGAGCUGUUCCGGGUGGAGAUCGAAGUGCUGGACAUCAAUGACAACCCCCCCUCCUUCCCGGAGCCGGACCUGACCGUGGAGAUCUCCGAGAGCGCCACGCCGGGCACCCGCUUCCCCUUGGAGAGCGCCUUCGACCCAGACGUAGGCACCAACUCCCUGCGGGACUACGAGAUCACCCCCAACAGCUACUUCUCCCUGGACGUGCAGACCCAGGGGGAUGGCAACCGGUUCGCCGAGCUGGUGCUGGAGAAGCCGCUGGACCGAGAGCAGCAAGCGGUGCACCGCUACGUGCUGACCGCGGUGGACGGGGGAGGCGGGGGAGGAGGAGGAGGAGGCGGCGAAGGAGGGGGAGGCGGCGGGGGAGGGGGCCUGCCCCCCCAGCAGCAGCGCACCGGCACGGCCCUACUCACCAUCCGAGUACUAGACUCCAACGACAACGUGCCCGCCUUCGACCAGCCCGUCUACACGGUGUCCCUGCCCGAGAACUCGCCGCCGGGCACGCUGGUGAUCCAGCUCAACGCCACCGACCCAGACGAGGGCCAGAACGGCGAGGUCGUGUACUCCUUCAGCAGCCACAUCUCCCCCCGGGCGCGGGAGCUCUUCGGGCUGUCCCCGCGCACAGGCCGGCUGGAGGUGAGCGGGGAGCUGGACUACGAGGAGAGCCCGGUGUACCAGGUGUACGUGCAAGCCAAGGACCUGGGCCCCAACGCCGUGCCCGCGCACUGCAAGGUGCUGGUGCGGGUGCUGGACGCGAACGACAACGCGCCGGAGAUCAGCUUCAGCACCGUGAAGGAGGCGGUGAGCGAGGGCGCGGCGCCCGGCACGGUGGUGGCUCUGUUCAGCGUGACCGACCGCGACUCGGAGGAGAACGGGCAGGUGCAGUGCGAGCUGCUGGGGGACGUGCCGUUCCGCCUCAAGUCUUCCUUCAAGAAUUACUACACCAUCGUGACCGAGGCCCCCCUGGACCGCGAGGCGGGGGACUCCUACACCCUGACCGUGGUGGCCCGGGACCGGGGCGAGCCGUCGCUCUCCACCAGCAAGUCGAUCCAGGUGCAAGUGUCCGAUGUGAACGACAACGCGCCGCGGUUCCACCAGCCGGUCUACGACGUGUAUGUGACCGAGAACAACGUGCCGGGCGCCUACAUCUACGCCGUGAGCGCCACGGAUCGCGACGAGGGCGCCAACGCCCAGCUCGCCUACUCGAUCCUCGAGUGCCAGAUCCAGGGCAUGAGCGUCUUCACCUACGUGUCCAUCAACUCCGAGAACGGCUACCUGUACGCCCUGCGCUCCUUCGACUACGAGCAGCUCAAGGACUUCAGCUUCCAGGUGGAAGCGCGGGACGCCGGCAGCCCCCAGGCGCUGGCGGGCAACGCCACCGUCAACAUCCUCAUCGUGGACCAGAACGACAACGCCCCGGCCAUCGUGGCGCCCCUGCCCGGGCGCAACGGGACGCCCGCGCGCGAGGUGCUGCCCCGCUCGGCGGAGCCGGGCUACCUGCUGACUCGAGUGGCCGCGGUGGACGCUGACGACGGGGAGAACGCCCGGCUCACCUACAGCAUCGUGCGGGGCAACGAAAUGAACCUCUUCCGCAUGGACUGGCGCACCGGGGAGCUCCGCACGGCUCGCCGGGUGCCGGCCAAGCGCGACCCCCAGCGGCCUUACGAGCUGGUGAUCGAGGUGCGCGACCACGGGCAGCCACCCCUGUCCUCCACCGCCACCCUGGUGGUGCAGCUGGUGGAUGGCGCUGUCGAGCCCCAGGGCGGGGGCGGGGGCGGGGGCGGGGGGUCGGGGGAGCACCAGCGCCCCAACCGCUCCGGCGGCGGGGAGACCUCGCUGGACCUCACCCUCAUCCUCAUCAUUGCGCUGGGCUCGGUGUCCUUCAUCUUCCUGCUGGCCAUGAUCGUGCUGGCCGUGCGCUGCCAAAAAGAGAAGAAGCUCAACAUCUACACGUGUCUGGCCAGCGAUUGCUGCCUCUGCUGCUGCUGUGGCAGCGGGGGCUCGACCUGCUGCGGCCGCCAAGCCCGGGCUCGCAAGAAGAAACUCAGCAAGUCGGACAUCAUGCUGGUGCAGAGCUCCAACGUAACCAGCAACCCGGCCCAGGUGCCCGUGGAGGAGUCCGGGGGCUUUGGCUCCCAUCACCACAACCAGAAUUACUGCUACCAGGUCUGCCUGACCCCUGAGUCCGCCAAGACCGACCUGAUGUUCCUUAAGCCCUGCAGCCCUUCUAGGAGUACUGACACUGAGCACAACCCCUGCGGGGCCAUCGUCACUGGCUACACUGACCAGCAGCCCGACAUCAUCUCCAACGGAAGCAUUUUGUCCAACGAGACUAAACAUCAGAGAGCAGAGCUCAGCUAUCUAGUUGACAGACCUCGCCGAGUUAACAGUUCUGCAUUCCAGGAAGCCGACAUAGUAAGCUCUAAGGACAGUGGUCAUGGAGACAGUGAGCAGGGAGAUAGUGAUCAUGAUGCCACCAACCGUGGCCAGUCAGCUGGUAUGGAUCUGUUCUCCAACUGCACCGAGGAAUGUAAAGCCCUGGGCCACUCGGAUCGGUGCUGGAUGCCUUCUUUCGUCCCUUCGGAUGGACGCCAGGCUGCCGAUUAUCGCAGCAACCUGCACGUCCCUGGCAUGGACUCUGUUCCAGACACCGAGGUGUUUGAAACUCCGGAGGCGCAGCCGGCGGCAGAGCGGUCCUUCUCCACCUUCGGCAAAGAGAAGGCCCUUCACAGCACGCUGGAGAGGAAGGAGCUGGACGGACUGCUGUCUAGUACACGAGCGCCUUACAAACCACCGUAUUUGACACGGAAAAGGAUAUGCUAGUCAAUUCUACAGGACUUCCCUGAAGCAGCAUGAUUUGCACAAAGUCGACCAACAAAAGCAUCAACUUUUCAACUUCAUUAUCUUGGCCAUCCAGUUAGUUGUGUGUAACUGAGUAUUAGAUUGCCUCCGCAGUCAUCCUGGCCAAUCAUAGGACCUCCUUGCUCUCAGCAGGCCUGAGAAAUGAGUUGAAAUGUGCAGAACUGUAGAAACUUUAGGCAACUGAUUUUGCCUCUCCGAUCAGUGUGUGCCUGUUUACAGCACUAUAUAUCUUACUCUCUCCAAAUGUCACUGAGCCCUUUAGAUGUUUAUAUUCACCAUGAGAAGCCAGUCAUAAGGAUAAAGGAAAUUUGUGCAUUAUAAAUGCAAUAUCACUGUUUUAAACUUGACUGUUUUAUAUUAUUUUUGUGUGAUCAAGUGUUCCCCAAACUAUUCCAACUUUACAAGAAAGAUUGUGAUUAUGUUCUUUUCACCUGUGGGUUACAAAAAAAUGUUGUAUUCUGAAGACCCACAAGUUAUCAAAGACAUUCUGUAGUUUAUACACCGUGUUGCAAAGUGUUUACUGUACUAUUUCAAAGCUUCUAAAUAAAUAUAAAAUAUAUAUAUUAUAUUAUAUAAUUUUCCUAAAAUGUGGUACAACUCAGUUGGUUUUUAAAUGGAUUCAUAUAGUCCACAUCAUACAAUAAAGUAAAAAGGUAAUUCAGGGUCCCAAAGAUGAACUUACUAAUAAAAAAAUAAGCAUUAGUAGUUUCCUCCCAGUUUUCAUCUUAUUCAACCCUGUUUUUCCUUGUUUAAAAGAAAAAGAAGCUCUAAACUAAAAAAAUUUUGUCUAGAACUUGUACUGAAUUUUCAAUGCCAAAGAUAUAGCUGUCGAUGUUAUCAGAGAACCACUGAACAUGUACUAUCAAAAUACCUAACAAUCUACAUUAUUUCGAUUCUAUUUCUAUGGCUUUGAAUUUAGAAUCAUUUAAAGCUUUUAUAAAGACUCUAUACAUUCAUCCGUAUUUGUUCUUAGAAGAAAAACACUGGGUGUCUGUACAUUUUGUGGUGUAAAAUAUGUUAUUGAAGAUGACUAUUUUAAGAGGUCCUCAAUCAUAGAACUCACACAGAAUUUUAUUUUACAUAGUUUUGCAUAGUUUUGUGACUUCAAAUAACACAUGCAUAUAAAAUCUAUUUAUAACUCUAUAUGAACAUAUAGAGAUAUAUAAAUCUCUGAACUGGUAAUGAAUAACUAUAACGUAUAAAGAAUCUCUAAAUUUAAAGCAAAUUUAAUAAAUUUGGAGAUAGAAACAUGGUACAUCAUUGGUUCAGUAUUAUCCUAUGUGUGAAAAUUUUAUACCUUAAGUGUAGUCAGUGUUGUAUUAAUGAGAAAAUUCUUCAUGUGUCAGCCUUGAAAACUGAAACCUGUCAUUUACUUUAUGUCAAAAAGGUUAAUUACUAAAUUCAGUAGAAUUCAUUUUUCCACUACAUAUAUCACUUUUUCUACUGUUUAUUGCUUAUUGAAACACAAUUGAGAGAGAAAAAAAUUAGAGGAUGUGAGAUAACCUUCUAAACAAAAAACAGAAUUGUCACAGAUUCCCAUUAAACACACACACAUACACAACCUUCAACAUUAUAGCUAAAGCUUUGCCCAAUCUAAAUUACAGGCACACUUUGAAACAUUUUCCUUAAUUUUUAACUGAUCUUAUUUUCAAUGAUAGUUUGAGCUAUGCUAUGUUAAUGUAUACAUAAAUGUUUUCCAACUCGUUUUAUGUCAUUUAAAUGGGAAUAUUUUCCUUAGAUUUAACAUUAAAAUGCAUACAUAUGUUCAUAGGUCCGUGAUGUGAAUAGUUGAGUGAUAUCUUAGUAUCACUUAUUUUUCUGUCAUUGAAUUAAAUAUUUAUGUCAUAAUCACAAUCAGUUUAUAUAACAAAAUAAUGUGUUCAUUGUUCUAGUCUUUUAGGGACCCUUUAAAAAUAUAAAGUUAUUUCAUCAAAUAUGAAACAAAAAGCACAUAUAUUCACUAAGUGCAGCAGUAAAAAUUUAUGAAAAAUUUGGCAUUACUACAUUAAUAUUUGGAAUAAUGGACUAUUUUAGUAAGAAUAUGUUUCUAUAUAAUUUAACUUAAAAAGUAUGUUUGUUACAAUUGCUUUUUUAAAAAGAAAAUUAUUUUUUGUUGAAUCACCCUGUUUUAAUUAAAAACUUUCAUUUAUCAUUUUACAAUUAUGGAAAAAACCCACAUCCAUCUGUCUUAUUAUGUGCGUUGAAAAUAAGGUUAUACCCACUUUAUAUAUAAUGGCUAUAUUAAUUCAUAUGACUUAUUUUUUCUUUAAUUAUUUAGCCCUUUAUACCAUUGUAUGUAAUCUCUUUUGAACCAGCUUCUUAUAUCAUAUAUUUGUGCAUUAGUUUUUAAAUAUAUCGUAUUAAUCAGUAAUACUAAUUUUCAUUUUAUUAUAAGGCUACAGGAACAAAAACAACAAAACUUACCUAAUUGUGAGACAAAUAGAAUUACUUAAACAUGGCAUUCUAACUGAUUAGGUUAUUAAUCAACUACUACAUCGGAAUAAAUCAGAAAUUAUAACAGAAUAAGGUAUGAUUUUAGUACAUUGGCUAAAAUGUCACAUGCUAAUGAAGGGGACUAUUUAAUAGAAAAUGCAACCAACCAAUAAUUGAAGGUUUCCAAAUAAGCAUUUAUUAGAUUUACAUGCAAAGAAUUGUACAAUAGUUUUUCUAUUUACUUUAGUCAUCCUAAUAUCAAAUUUUCAUAAUUUUAUAUAUAUCAAAUAAAUAACAUCCAAAUUAUAACACAGUAUUUCAUCAAUAAUUUAUUUCAGAAAAAGAAUAAUUAUGAUAUUUACUCCUUGUUAACAUAGUUAGUUUUAGAGUAGUAAAAAGUCAAAAUAUUUUCCUGUGGAAACAGUGUCUUAAUGUUUCAAUGGUAUGUCAAAUGACAACUUCUAGAAAUAUUUCAGCCACAUGUAAAAUUCUAAUUUGUAACUGUGAAUAUAAUUAUGUGAAAUCAUUUUAAGUCAAAUAUUUAAAUAUCACAAAGGAAUUCCUUUACAGAUAUAGUGAUGUCUGUUUCAUUAAAAGUGAUUCAUCUCUUUUGGGGAGUAUUAAGGAAAUAUGUAUAUUUUAUUUUAUGAAGAUAUUAAAUGCAAUGCCUUUAUCAAACAUUGCAAAUUAAGUAAUAUAGAAGAGUUCAAUAUCUUAAUUACUCAUUCUCCUGUUUUAUUUCUUAGUAGUGUUAUAAUUUACUGUCAGAUCUUUUAUAAUGGAGAUACCCUGUUGCUUCUCCAAUAAGAAGAUUAAAACAAAACACCUCCAAGUUUUCAACAUAAACUUCAAUAACUGUGCAUUAUAGUGAAUCUUUUUACCUUGCAGAAGUUACUUACUGGAGUAAAGUCCAUCCUUAACACAAUUACUCAGUCAAAAUUUUUCAAAUGUUAAGCAGGAUAUAAAAAAAAUAUUCAAGUUACUGACUACUUAUAACACAGAUAUUGGUCACUGCACAUGAUUUUUCUCUCCCCCUCACAUUUCUAUGUGUUCCUUUACUAUCUGAGGAACUAAAAAAAUACUUAAAACAUUGGUAUACUUGAUGAUUUUUCUGAAAAUCUUAUAUAUUUCAUAUUGCAAUUUCUUUACCUUUUUCAACUCCAAUUUUGUAGUGAUAAAGGCUUUGCACUUAACAUCCUUUUUAUGUUCAUUUUUAACAAGGAAAAACAGAAAAUGACAAAAUUCCAUAUUUUUAUGCCAUGGAGUAGUAAAAUUAUUUUAUAUAUUGUUAACACUUCAAGGAAUAGCCCUCUGCCAAGUCAAACAAAAUGCUUAGACAGUAAUUUGUGAAACUACUGUUCAGUAGAGUAUUUUUUUUUUUUCUAAAAAUUGGAGUAGAUUUUAGAUGAUGGCAUUCUGUGAGAAUGCAGGUAGAUGGGUGCCAUCAGAGUAUUGCAGGCAAUAAUAUGACUAAAAUUCUAAUACCUUCAGUGUGCAUGCGUGUAUUUCUAAUCACUGUUAUUUUCAAGUAUUUGUAAAGUUAGAAAACUGGCUUUUAUUUCUUGAAAACUUGUCACAUGUGUAGUUUGAAGUUUUACACUCCAGAUGUUUUUGAGUUGCGUGAAAAUAUUGCAUUAAUGAUGCAAAAUGUUUCUAAAUUUUCACAUGAGACUCAAAAGCUUCUGAACAAUAGAACUCAGACGUCCAAUUCAUCCAUUCAUCCUUGAGCUGAAAGUAAGCAGGGAAUUUCUGCUCUAAACACAUUUUUGAGACAGUUAUCUGUGAGUGAAAACAGGGUAUUAUAACAAAAGAUGAGUUUAAAUCUUAACUAUAGUGUUUGUUACUGUGAAUGCUAUAAAAUACAUAAGUAAAAUGAGUGUAAAUGUAAUAUAUUAUUUUAUACUGCUGUAUACAUAUGAAAUGAAUAAAACUAGGAUACAUAUUAUACCAAUUUUCCAUGCAUGGAUCUUCCACUGACGUCGGUGGGAUCUUAGAAUAAAAAUCAGUGGCAAAAUAUAGCCUAAUGUUUAAAAGCAACUUAUGCUGAUUUAGUAAUUUUAGUUUUAAUAAACAGGUCUAAGGGGACAUCUGUUCAAAACUGAGUCUCAUUUGAAGCAACAUAUGCUAGGUUUAAAGGAUUUCACUAUAUUUAUAGUUUUGAAAGUCGGCAUUUAGUUCCAUAUGGUUCUCAUGAUAACCACAAUGAAUAUUUUAAACAUAUAUAUAUAUAUAUACACAUAUAUAUAUCAUACUUGAUGUUAUAUUUUCCUUUUAACUUUUUUGAUUUGUAAGACAGAGGGUCUACAAGGAGUAAUGCAGAGGUUGUACCUAGAAUAUGAGUGCCUUCAAAAAAUAAAAGAAAAAAACAUUUUAUGUAAAAUUUUAGAAACAAAUUAUUUCAUACUGAGUUGAUGGGAACAUAAGAAAAAAUAAAAUUUAUUUGAGUAUUAUUUUCCUGAGAAAAAAUAUAAAUUAAGGUAUAGGUUUUUUAAAUGUAAAAAUAAUCUGAGUGAACUUAUAUCAAUUUACAUCCUGAAAUAGCUGAAAGGUAACAGAAGAAAUAUUGUGCUUUUUCAAUUCCAUGUGUGGUUUGUAAAAUUUUCUUAAGUUCAAACUACACAUAUCUGGAUAGAGGUUAACUUUAUGAAGCAACAAAGGAAAAGACUAGGUAUUUCUCUUGCUUUGAACAACUAAUAAAGCCAACGUUAAGAUGGAAAAUAACUACUAUCAGAAAUGAUCGUUCUCAAUGACACAUUAAUGGUUAUAAUUAUAAGUCACUUUGGUUCCCUGUAGACCUGUGCCGCCUGCCCCUUACAUUUAUUCUUCUUGGGAAUCAUCAUGAACUCUUCUAAUUAACCAAGAUUUUGAAUUUUCAAAGGUACAAUUAAAUUUUAUCAGGUUACAAAUGUAUUAAAGUCCAACAGCGAUGGGAUGUAAUAAUGCAUUCUAGUUUGCUUUGGGAACUAAGGAAAUUAUAGGAAAAUAUUAAAUAACACCUUAUAAAAUAACUAAGUGAUCGAAAUUUGUGGUCAAAACCAACAGGAGGGUCAUGAGAACAAAUUAAUAUUUUAAGAAAAUAACAUAAAAGCAAAAGAAAAAAUGUAGAAUAAAAUAGUAUUAAAAGAUAAGUUAUGGUAGAAGCAGAUAAAGCUUUUUUCAGAUACAUGUGUCAAAGAGGUCACAACGUGAAAUACAUUUCUUACUGUGAAUCAUUUCCCCAAAUGUUUGAAAAGCACGGCACCAUGUGACCUCUAUUUCAAAUUAAACUUAUUUAAUGCUGUGGAAAGACAGGAAAGAUCUUUUCAAAAAGUCACUUCUCAUCUGAAUCUGAAUCUUUACCGUUGUAAAAUAUGGAGAAGUGCACUUGUAGAACGUUUGUGGGAAUUAGGUGAACUGACUUGAAUGAAAUGCAUAACACAGUGCUAACACACAAUAAGUGGCAUGUUAUAUUAUUAAUAUUAUUUGCCAUGACUUUACCACUAUCCUCGGUUACCAGAAGUAUGGGGAAUGGUCUACACAUAGGAAAAAUUCUUUUUCAAAAUUGAAGACUGCCUUAGAGUUGUAUGUAAGCAGUGCUGAUCUGAAAAUGAUAGGCUUGACAUAGGUAUGCACUGCUCAGCUCAGUUCACCUUUGCCUGUCUGUUAUUAUUGGUGUGGAGUCCAGGAAAUAAAACUCACAGUCACCGAGUUCUAGUCAUCUCUCUCGUCGCCCCCUUUCCCUACUGUUGAAAUAUAUAUGUGUAUGAUUGCAUCAGGACAUAUUGAUCUGAAUUUUUCCUUUGACCCCAAUGUGCUUUCUGAAUAUCUUCCCAUUCCCAUGCAAAUAAAUGUUUGCUGGACUUAGUGCAUAUUUGACAGAAUCAUAUUUUUGCAUAUGACAUAUUAUAAAAUUGAGUUUGGGCAGUAUUCCGUAUCUGCUCAAUAGAAUUAGAUUUUUAAAAUGAUUCUAAUUGCAGAAUUCUUGACAUUCUCAUAUCUUAGCUCAGCAGAUCAGACCUCGUUCUCUAGAGCCGUCCCUUUGGCUGUUCAAAAAUUUAAAAUGUUUUCUCUUUUCUCUUUAAUUAAUUGAAAGUUUUAUUUCUUCGUCUUGAAAUCUAGAUUUUAAAUUCACUAGAUAAAAUGAGUUCAUAUUAAUCUGUGACUAAGUUAAUGUUU